AAUAACAACUCUACAUUCUUUUUUCGUUAUUCAUGUACAGUCAACUGUCUUUACAAUGUUGACAGUUUUUGACGAUUAGGAAGUUCAAUAGGAGUAAACAUUUGGAAAUAUAAUUGAUCUCGAAAUAUCGAAAUGAGAAGCGCAACAUGUAUCAAGUGAGAGAAUAUCUUUAUUGAAAUCUUCGUGGAAGUCGAUCAACGAUAACCAUGACGCGAAUAAACAGGAAGAGAUGUCGCAACAUAGAAGAGGAAUCUAGCGAUUUUAUGCCAUUGAGCAAACGGAUUAACAAUCUUCAUAUCAAUGGUUUAUCUGGCUUACGAGAGAACACGGUGGAGAAUAUGGAAACAGAUUGGGAGAGUGGAAAUUUCAUGUCAUCUCCAAGCUGCUCAGAGAUAUCUCAAAAUUCAUCACCCAGGGGCAGUUGUGGUUCCAGCCAAAGCAGUUUUACCAGUGAUUACAGACCAGAUUUGGAUGCGACAGAAAAUCCUUUUUAUUACGAGAGCAAUAAAUUGCUCUUUUCCUUAUACAUGGAACGUAUGCAGAGGAGACCAGAUCUCUAUUGACGAAUACACGUUUCACCUGUAAAGCAUCUUGAGAUUUAGUCAACAUCUCGCUGUUUUUCUUCUGUCAUUGCUAUGUGAUAUAUAUUAUAAUUUUUGAUUUUCCAAUUGACAUCGAUUGAGUAACGAUGAAGCGUGCGUACUACAGCAAUAAAAUUGGUAUAUAAAACUUUUGUCGGAAGCAACAGCUAUAGAUAUAAGUUUCAAUAAUGUAUAAUCGUUAAAGUAUUAAGCAUCUUUUAUUAGCGCAUAUAAUUGUGUGUAAGUGAGAGUAUAUGAAUGUGAA